AUGCGGUCGGACCCCCCCCGGUACCGGCAGAGGCGUUACUGGGACGAGCGGUACCGGGAGGGGGCCGCCGAGCCCCGGGAGUGGCUGGGGGGCUUCGGCCGCUUCAGCGAGCUGCUGGAGGCAGAGCUGAGGCACGGAGACAGCGUGCUCGUCCUCGGCUGCGGGACCAGCGCCCUGAGCUACGAGCUGCACGAGCGGGGCUACCAGGACGUCACCAGCAUCGACUUCUCGCCCGCCUGCAUCGAGGCCAUGCGCGCCCGCUACGCCCGCUGCCCCCGCCUGCGCUGGGCCGUCAUGGACAUGCGCGCCCUCGCCUUCCCCGACGCCUCCUUCGACGUGGUGCUGGAGAAGGGCACCCUGGACGUGCUGCUGGUGGACGAGAAAGACCCCUGGCGCGUCUCGCCCCGGGCCGCCGCCGCGAUGCACCGGGUGCUGGCGGAGGUGAGCCGGGUGCUGCGCCCGGGGGGCCGCUUCCUCUCCAUCACCUUCGCCCAGCCGCAUUUCCGCGCCCCCCACUACGCGCAGGAGGCCUUCGGCUGGUCCCUGCGGCACGCCGCCUGCGGGGACGCCUUCCACUACUUCCUCUACGUCAUGUGCAAGGGGCAGCCCCUGGCCGCCUCCGACCUGGCCCUGGGGGAACGGCUCUGGCACCCCCCCGCGCCCCCCAGCCCGCCGCCCCCCCUGGAUGAGGACGAGGACGAGGACUACCUGCUCGCCAUCCAGCUGUGA